AAGAGAGGGGGUGUGUGUGUGAAUAUUGGGAGUGAGGCACUCUUUAAAACUCCACCCCUCUUGGAUGAAAUGUGACGGCAAGUACAGCAUGCUGAACACCAAAAGACACAGAGAGAGAGAGAGAGAGAGCGCAUUAUCAGAGAGCGAGAGUGCUUAACCACUGUUGACUGUCGGCAGUGUCACUGCUCCUUUGAGCUUUUGGCAGUAGAGGCACCUCCACACACACGCGGCGGUAACACGCUGACUGAACCUCCUCCACUUCAGCUCAAACUCCACUUCAGCGGACUACUUCAACAGGAUGGCUGCUUAUCUGCCUUUUCUCUGGUGGUUUCAAGAGCUUUUCUAAAAGUUCAAAUGUUUUUCCCCCAUCUCUCUUGGACCAGUUUUAACCCAGAAUAAAAGGGGCUUUUUUUUUUUUUUUUUUUUCUUCCUCUUACAUCUGCAGUUCAGAUGUGUGGAACAUGGCAUAUAUGUUUGCUUCAAAUGCCACAGGACAGCUGGAUAUGCACUUUUUUUUUUUUUCAGCAUGACUGAAGAAUAUAUGAAAAGGAAUUGAUGCUGUUGUUCAAGAUUUGGAGAUACGGUGGUAUAAAAUGCAAGAUUAAAUACAUUAUCGUCAUGGUAUCUCAAUCACUUCUUUGAAGACUGAAUAAAUGUUUUGAGCACCUCUUUGUUGCUGCUUGUUUCUGAUAUCCACUUCGAAAAAUUGCAUAUCUUGAUCUCGGAAUACUGAAACAUGGAAAAUCUGACAAACAACACUCAGUUACCCACUGAGAAGCCAAGUGAACAUCCUGAGGAGUUUCAUCUGUUCAUCAUGGUCAUGAUGAUCAUCAUCGUCAUGAUUAUCGUCGUGGGCAACCUUCUGGUCAUCAUCUCCAUAGCACGAACCUCCCAUCUGCAGACCACGACAAAUAUCUUCAUCAUGUCGUUGGCAUGUGCUGACCUCAUAAUGGGGGUGCUGGUGGUGCCACUGGGUGCCACGAUUGCUGUGACAGGGGAAUGGCAACUUGAUACCAGAUCGUGUGAUUUAUGGACAUCGGUUGAUGUUUUAUGUGUCACUGCCAGUAUAGAGACCCUUUGCAUCAUUGCAGUGGAUCGGUAUAUUGCAAUCACACGGCCACUGCGGUAUAAAGUGCUCCUGAAUAAGUGCAGGGCUCGAAUUAUUGUUUGUGUUGUGUGGCUGGUCUCGGCUCUUAUCUCCUUCGUCCCAAUUAUGAACCAGUACUGGCGUGCUUUGGAAGAUCCGAAAGCAAAAGCAUGUUACGAAAACCCCAAGUGCUGUGAUUUUAUAACAAACAUGCAGUUUGCUAUCACUUCAUCAGUGGUUUCUUUCUACAUCCCACUCCUCAUCAUGAUUUUCGUCUACGCACGUGUCUUUCUCAUUGCCACACGGCAGGUACAGCUAAUUGACAAGAACCGUCUGAGGUUCCAAAAUGAGUGCAUUGGAUAUCAGGUACAGCCAUCGCUCCAUGGCAACAAUAACUUGCCUUCGAUGUGCAAUAACGUCGGAAUGACGACGGCAAGGCGAAAAAGUUCCCGCAGGCGACCGUCGAGAUUAACCGUUGUGAAGGAGCACAAGGCCCUCAAGACACUGGGCAUCAUCAUGGGCAUCUUCACACUGUGCUGGCUGCCUUUCUUUGUGGCAAACAUCAUUAAUGUCUUCAAUCGAGAAGUGCUGGACAAGAACGUUUUUCGUUUCUUAAACUGGUUAGGCUACAUUAACUCCGGCCUCAAUCCCAUCAUCUACUGCCGAAGCCCAGAGUUUCGUGCGGCCUUCAAGAACCUCCUUGGCUGUCCCUGGAUACCCUCGCUGAGAAUGAACUUCCUUUACAAGGAGCUUCGGACUCGAUGCCCCUGCUUCAUGGGGUCAGCGGAGCCAGGAAUGCCUGGAUCAUUCCAGAAGCCCCCAACAUCGCCCGAGACACUGCCUGGGGAUGGGAGCAGUCAGAGCAGCUACAGGAGCGAGGAGCCGUCGCCAGGACCACCACACUCCAACGGCAGCACAUUUUUUAGUGAUUUCUCCGAACCGGAGACGGAGUUCUGUAACCUAGAGGAGCAGGAUGGCUGAGAGUUUCUUGCAUGGCUGAAAGAAAAGGACGUUGAGGAAGAAACAGGGAAAAGGACUGACUUACAUCACAGUUGGCAGGACUUCCCCAGCAGAGACCACAAGGGCCCAGCAAAACAUCCAUGAAGCCAUCAGGGGAGCCUGCUCCAAAAAUGAAAGACAGAAGGGUGCAAAGAUAUAACCAUAGAGAGGCAAGCGCUGAGAGAACUUUCUCACAAACAACCCGUCUAUGGAGAGAACGACUGAACUUGUACUGCUCAUGGAGGAGUGUAAUGGCGAGGCGUACUGGAGUUAUCCACUUCAGCCCAGUUUGGUCUAGUUUGUUUGGCAAAAAAACUAAUCAGACCUGUAGGUCCUCCAACAUGUGUUUUAGUGCUAUGUUCUGAGUAUGGACUUCUUCAAAUACAUGGACACAAUAACUCUGAAUAGACUUUCCAAGCACAGUGUUUUGUUUUGUUUGUUUUUUUUCUUUUCUUUUGUUUUUGUUUUGUUUUUUAAUGAAAAGUUUAGAUUUUGUACAAUAUCCUAUACUAAAUUAUUAUUAUUUAUUUUACUCCCCACAUUUUAGCUGUGAAUGUGUAAAAUGCCUGCCACAUUAAUAUUUCUGUGUUGUACAGGUUCAGUAGUCCACUGAUUUUUCCCAGUCCAGCCACCUCAAUAUAAGCUACAAGAUUUCCCGUUCCUCCCAUUUAGCUCUUUAACUCUCCCGAGAACAUCGAGAGCGGGAGACAGCUUCACCAAUUUGAAUGGGAUUGUUCAAAUAUGGUUGCUGUGUAAAAGUGUAAACUGUUGUAAAAAGUAGAGGAAGGCCAACUCUUCACUCACUCAAAAUUAGGGAUGCGUGAUAUUAAAAUUCUGGUUGAUACUGAUAAACCAGAUGAAUAGCCAAUGUUACAAUUCUACACUAUUUUGUGUAAAUAAAUAAAAACUAAAAUCAACUGUGAAAUGAUAAUAUACAGUUUGGAUAAUUGAUAUCCAUUUUGAGAUUUUCUGAAGAUUAAAUUGCUGUUUAUAGCAAUAUAUCUAAUACCAAUACAUUUAAAAAUAUAAACAUCUAAUAUCAUCUGAUAAUCGAUAUAUCAUGCAUCCCUGCUCAAAAAAAAAAAAAAAAAAAAACCUCAUUUGACCCUCAUCAGAUUUAUCUGUUUUGCUGGCUCAUGUUCAAUGCUGCUAUUUUACAGUUUAUUUCAGAAAUUCAGAAAAAAAAAAAAGAAAAAGAAAAAAGCUUUACACUCCUCCAACCAUUACAAUAUACAGGACUCUACGCACAAUUGUUAUUAUUAUUAUUAUUAUUAUUAUUAUUAUUAUUAUUAUAGGCCUACAAGAUAAGCAAGCACCUGAACCUCAUAUUCCAGAAUGUAUUUUUGACAUAGGGAACACAUUCACCUAUUUGUUGUAUAACAUCACUUUCUAUGCUUAAUGUGAUACUAGCCAAAAAAAAUCUAGUUUUUUAAUUUUUCCUGUUUGCACAGAUCACAAUGCCAUCUCAUACUAAGUCUAAACAUACUGCAUCCUCUUUCAUUGAUUUCCUCUGUAAUGGCAGUUGACCAAAAUGCCCUUCUAGCAAGGAUUUGACAGUUGUGGCAACUUUAGCACUAUAAUAUCCAACAAUGGAGUUCAAUGUUAUGUUAACAGGACAAAUAUGAGAACAGGAUUUUAGGUACAUUUGUUUUGUUUGUUUUUCAGGUUUUUUAUCAGGUACAGUGGUAGAGAUAAAUGUAUUAUUUAAGAGAGACUACAAAGGGAAACCAAAAAUGAAAUGUCAGAUGAAUACUUAUUGAUAUUAAAUACAUUUUAAGCAAG